AUGGAGCAACAAAAACAGAAGAAGAGAAAAGUAGUCUCGAAAAGUAAAAGAACACAAUCAAAAUCAGCUUCGUCCCUUCCUCUGGAUCUAACCUCGGAGAUACUCUUAAGGCUACCUGAGAAAUCUAUUGCGAGGUUUCGUUGUGUGUCGAAGCUUUGGUUAUCAAUCACCACCGAUCCAUAUUUCAUCAACUUGUUCGAAACUCGGUCCCCACGGCCGAGUCUUUUAGUUUGCUUCAUAGAAAAUGACAAGUUGUUUGUGUCCUCAAUUCCGCAACAUCUUCAUUCACUUCAGAAUUCUAAAAGGUCUUACUCUUCUUCUCAGCUCUUUAUCGUUAUCAUAUGGAAUUACCAGAAGGAUGUAGGCUUGAUCUGCUUUAAGACAUCAAAAAUGCCGAUAGUUUGGAACCCUAGCAAGAGACAGUUGAUAACUUUACCCAUACCCAGAUUAAGCUGGAAUAAUAUAAUAGUUUUUCUAGGAUACGAUCCAGUUGAAGGUAAACACAAAGUAAUGUGCUUGCCUUUUAGAAGAAGUUCUGAUGUAUGUCAAGUGUUAACAUUAGGACCAGCUCAAGAAUUCUCAUGGAUAACGGUAAAAACGUACCAUAAGCAUUGUUCUGACUAUCAGAGUUCUGGUCGAUGCAUCAAGGGGGUUGUAUAUUAUAUAGCUCAAGUUUAUCAUACACAUGCUUGGGUUUUAAUGUGUUUUGAUGUCAGAUCUGAAAAAUUCGACAUGAUAAAAUUACAUGCGGAUAUUUAUAGGGAAAUUCUCAUAACUUAUGAGGGGAGGAUAGCUUGUGUUGAAAAACGUACCACGAAGGAUGAUUACAUAGCAUUGUGCAUUUUGGAGGACGCAAAAAAAGACAAGUGGUCGAGUAAAGAUAUUCUUGCACCUUUUGGUCACUUUGAUGAAAGAUUAAGAACCUUUUUCCAACUAAAAGGUUGCACUCAUGAUGGUGAAUUUAUUUUCGUAUCUUCCACGUUUCGAAAGAUGGAUUAUAUUUUAUUUUUUGAUCCGGUGAAAAAAACCUUUAGAAGAUUCGAACUUAAAGAAAUUGCAGACGACCAAGCUAGGGUCAAUAAUGGAGAUCCAUAUGGACCUAUAUUUGCGUUCUGUGCUUUCUUGGAUCACGUUGAGAGUCAAAUGUCUUUGCAAUAA